AUGGUUCAAGAUGCAUUUCCAUCUCAAUAUAAUGAUCAGGUUACAGAAGAUCCGAUGAAUGAGGCAUCGAAAAAGUUUUUCGAUCUAUUAGAGGCUGCAAACCAACCUAUUUAUGAUGGUUGUAAAGAAGGGCUUUCUCAACUAUCGGCUUCUGCUAGAUUGAUGGGGAUGAAGACGAGUUAUAAUCUUACAGAGAACUGCAUGAAUGAAGUUUGUCAGAUGCUGAAUGAUUAUCUUCCCCAAGGGAGAUUGAGUGGAAAAUCGAAAGAAAGAUGGUUAUCCGUCGAAGAAUGGCGUCAUGCUCACACAUAUGUGUUGUUGAAUUGUGAUGAAAUUCGACCAAUAGAAAGAGUAUUUGACGAGGAGACAAAGAGACUUAAUCCUGAUAUGAGUGAUGAAGAAUGUAUAGAUCUCAAAGAAUCAUCAUUUGCGGCAUGGUUACAAAAUUAUGUAUCUCAUUCUUCGGAGAAUUUUCCUAUUUGGAUACAAGAUUUGAUCCGGGGUCCAUCAAGAAUGGUGAAAUGUUGGCCAAUUAUGUUCACAAGAGGAUACACUUUCCAUACUUAUGCUCAUGAUUCAGAUCGAAAGACUUCCAACUAUGGGAUAUGUGUUAAAGGAGCAAAUUGUUGUGAUGUGGCUGAUGAACCAGACUUUUAUGGUAUCCUCCAAGACAUCAUGGUGUUAGAAUACCACGGUUAUAUUGGUUUGAAGAUGGUUAUAUUUAACUGUGAUUGGUUUGAUCCGACCAUUGGAAGGGGUAUGAGAAGAAAUGGAUCGGGCGGUUUUGAUAUCAACUUAUCCAAGUAUUCAAAAUACGAUCCGUUUAUCCUAUCUUCUCAAGCAGAUCAAGUAUGUUAUAUAAGUUAUCCAACGUCCAAACGACGUCGAGAUCAUUGGAGAGCUGUCAUUAAAAUUCAACCACGCGGUGUUGUUCGUGAAGAAGAAGGUUCAACCGAUAUCCCAUUUCAAGAAAGACGCAUUGAUGAUGAUAUUGGUCAACAAUUUCGUAUUACGUAUUCACAGAACGAGCAACUUGUUGUAUCAAAUUAA